AUGUUGUUGGGAUCAAGUAUAAAUGUGAAUGUUAUGGACUAUGGAGCUGUUGGAGAUGGAGUUACCGAUGAUUCCCAGGCAUUUACAAAGGCUUGGGCAGCAGCUUGUGGAAGUAGAACAAAUAGUGUGAUGAAUGUACCAGUUGGAAAGAAAUUCCUGGUGAAGCCAGUACUGACGUUUCAAGGUCCAUGCAAGGCUACCAACAUUGCUAUGCAAGUUCAAGGAAGCAUUCUGGCUCCUAAAAACAUAUCCGACUGGGGUACAACUGCAGAUUUAUUGCUCUUUACCAAUGUCAAUGGACUUACCUUAGCCGGUACCGGAAUCAUCGACGGCCAAGGCGCCGACUGGUGGAAGAAAUGCGCCGCUGAUUUCAGCCCUUGUCCAAGACCCCGUUUACUGCUACUGAAUCAUUGCAACAACUUUGAAAUCAAAGGAUUACAGAUGAUGAACAGCCCGAGUAUUGUGGUCUCUGUAAAUAAUUGUGCAAAUUCAACAAUCUCAAAUGUCAAUAUUACAAACCCUGCGACUAGUCCCAACACUGAUGGCAUAGACAUUGGCAGCUCAACCCAGAUACAAAUACUUGACAGCCUAAUUCAAACAGGUGAUGAUUGUAUUGCAAUAGCUUCAGGGUCACAAUUCAACAUUUCUGGGAUAACUUGUGGUCCUGGUCAUGGAAUAAGCAUUGGAAGCUUGGGAUAUGGUGGAAGGAGCGCUGCAGUGGAAGAGGUGCAUGUACACCAUUCUACUUUUCAAGGGACUCAAAAUGGAGCCAGAAUCAAAACAUGGCAGGGAGGGAAAGGGUAUGCCAGGAACAUCACGUUCGAGCAGAUUACAUUGGUAGAUGCUGGAAACCCCAUCAUCAUUGACCAAUAUUACUGUCCAGAUGAAAACUGUCAAAAUGAGACAUCUGCAGUCCAAAUAAGUGGGGUUUCAUUCGUAGGAUUCAAUGGGACAACCUCAACACCUGAUCAGGCAAUCCAGAUGAGUUGCAGCCGGACCGUGCCGUGCACCAACAUUGUACUUGAACAUGUUCAUAUAAAUUCCCAGACACCAACAGAAGCCACCUGCAUCAACGCUCAUGGAAGAUCAAUUGACACAGUUCCUAAAGUUGAUUGUUUGUUAUCAUGA